ACCUACUUUCGGUUAAUGUUGUUUAUGCAGAAUGCGUUUAGGUCAGCAAAAGCAGCAAGCCAAGCGCAAGCAAGCCAACCAGCAGGUACACUGUUAUGUAGGUUGUUGGUACCACAAAGAAUGACUACAGUCUUACAGGAUGAUGGAAGAAUGGCUGAAAUAGCUACAGUGAAACCUGACAUCAUUGUGAUUGACCAGAACCAUCCAUCAAACAGCGAAAAUAAUUUUCUGUUAUCCAAACCAACAAAGGUUCUUAUUCGUACUGGCAACAUUGCUAAUUGGAACAGCCUAAAGUCCAGGAAAACACAGCUUCCUGCUAAUGAGCUUUACCACAGUUUAAAGGCAACAAUUGAAAACUGGAACAAAGAUGUCUCUGAAAAUGAAUUAGAAAAUAAAUGUUAUGAUGAAGAGCUGUUUAAAAGUGAAGAAGAAAGACCGCUAGUAAAAAUAACAGCAAAAAUUUUACUGCAUAAGUUUGAUGAAGUAUUAUUAGAUGAAGCACUAAACGAAACACUUAAGACAUUAAAUAUUAAAUAUUUUGAUCAAAUCACUUUAUCAGUACCACCUGUGGAUGAUCUGGACAAGCCAUUUGAAGAAAUAAUAGCUCCGUUCUGGAAGAAAAUGGAAAGAUUUCAUUCAACUGGCUUAGCAACUCAUAUUUCAUCAAGUGAUUUAGAUCGUGAAAAAUUGCAAGCACUAAUAAAGGUUGCAAAGAUAAAACCUGAAUUUAAUCAAGUUAAUUUAACAUCUUGUUGCCAUAUGCCAGAGGAUUUAGUUGCUUUUGCCAAAGAAGUGAAUGUGGUACUUCACACGCAUGGAGAUCAACCAGUGUUACUGCCAGAACAAAAAUUAGAGGAAUUAAUAACAUCGGUUGCUCCAGAUAAUAAUUUGAACUGGGAGACAAAUUGGAUAGUGCGAUAUGCGGUUGUUGUUAAAUGUCGUGGUGUAAUUAAAAGCAAAGGUUACAUUGCUUCAAUACAGUCCUAUAGCAAAUAGAUUUAGUAUUACAUUUUUAAUGAAUUUUUCCAAGAUUUUAUAUUAUUUAUAUGGCCUCUUUAAAACAUUUUUAUUCAUUUUUCUCUCUGCAAAUUUUAAUUGAGAUAAUACUUUGUAAACAGUGUAAAAAUGACUUCUUAGCUAUACUUGUUAUUUUGUAAUGUAAAAAUUAUGUUUCAUGUUGUUUUGGAAGUUUAGGCCACAGUUUUAGUAAAGUAUAGCUAAUGACUUACUCUAUUAAGUUCUAGAUCUCUUUAGUGCCUUCGGAAAACCUUGAAUCUGUCUAUUUAGUCUGUAUGUAGUUUAUACAUUUUUUAACUUUUAAUAAGUCAUUUAAUAAAAAAUUUGGUAUUUUUUAUUAAAAGUUUUGAAUUACUAAAUUCUGGCAUGAAAGAAAACUGCGAAGGUGAACUUUACCUACAAAAAAAUAUAUAUAUUAUCACUUAGUAAUCAGUGUUUAACAUUUAAUAGGAUUAAAUAAUUGUAAUGUAAUUGUAAAUUUAUAAUGACAACCUGUCAAAUUUUUAAAAUUAUUAAGAACUCUCG